GAUUAGAAGGAAGGAGAAGCAGCUGCUGGGCAUCUCAGAGGCAGCUCGACCGGAGAGGUGGACAAGCAGGAAUGGCGGGGCCUUACGAGAAGUCGGCCGUGAUAGUAACGGUCACGUACGGCAAUGAAAAGCAUAAUCUUCAGGUUGAUUCUCAAGAAGAUAGUCAACCAACAGUAUAUGAUUUGGCUUUACUAACUGAGCAAGUAACUGGAGUUCCAGUUUCUUUUCAGAAACUGAUAUAUAAGGGAAAGUCAUUGAAAGAAAUGGAACAACCAUUGUCAACGCUUGGAGUGAAAAAUGGUUGUAAAGUUAUGCUGAUUGGGAAAAGGAACAGUCCUGAGGAGGAGACUGAAUUAAAGAAAUUAAAAGUUUUGGAGAAAGCAGUGGAACAGCUUGCUAAAAAAAUAGAUGAAGUAAAUAAAGAGCUUAGAGAGAUUCAGAAAGAUUUUCUUGCAAAGAAUAAUCAAACUGAAGCUCUUAGUCAGUUGGAUAAGCGGAUAAAGGGAAUUGCUGAGCAGUUUAUGAAAAUUCUGGAACAAAUAGAUGCUAUUCCUUCAGAAAAAGCCUUAAAACCUAACUAUGCUGGCUGGCUUGGGGUCAUGAGGGAGAAGCUGUUGGCUGGAGGUGGUUGGUACAUUAACAAAGAAGGAACUCCUUCACUAGUUCUCUUUUGUAAAUCCAUGAUUCUACCAGACAACUUUAAUGAUAGUAAACAAAAAAAGAAAGGGCUAGUGAAAAAAAUUCAGGCUUUUCUUGCACAGUGUGAUACAGUAGAAGGAAAUAUUAGUCAAGAAAUGGAUAAACUACACUCAAAGAAUAUGGUUCUUGCAGAAUGAAGCUCUUUUAAGUAACUAGAAUAAUGAAUUGCUCUGUGAGCAGAAAGAACUGUUUGCUCUUGCUUUUGGAACAGUUAUUCAAGUGUUCAGAAUUUUAGUUUUAGUAGAGUUUUGUGAGAGCGUUGCAUGUUAGCUAUUGUUUAUUCAUCAAUAUGUAUUCUGGUUAUAUUUAAGGAUAGUCUUCAGACACACAACCCAUCUCUAUUUGUUUAUUAUUUUUCCCUUGCUACAUUGCAAUAUAUCGUUGUCUGAACAUACAUAUUUCAGCUGUUGUGGUUUCAGUAUUUCUAUCAAUAACUUUUAUGGAUGUUGUACAAUCAAAUCAAAUAUCUUUUAUCAUUGUCAUUGAAAAUAAACUCAAUAAACAAUGUAAUACAUUGCAACAAAUAUCCUACCACAUUAUAUGUGUAUGAAUA